GAGAUGAUGUUUAGAAAAUCAAGAUGUCUAUACUUGUUGAUUAUGAUUGUGAUAUUUCACUUUAUAGUGAUAACAUUAAUUGGAUAUAAUGAACCGGGAUCAAGUUUACAGUCAAAAUUACAAGUGAAUUUGUUUGAUGUGAAGAAUUAUUUCAGUAAUACCAUUUAUGAAAAACCAAAUAGCUUAUUAAAGUUCAAUCAAAAAAUUGAUAAAAAAUUUGAAUCUAUUUAUGGUGGUGUUGAAGUAAAUGACGAAAAUAGAUUUCUUUAUUUAUUAGAACUAUUUAAUAAUCAGCAUAGUAAUGAAAUCAUCAUACCGGAGUAUUUAACCGAUCCAGAUACUUAUGAAAAUCCUCAUUUACAGGAUUUCGAUCCAAGAUUUACUUUGGGAUUGAUUUUUGACUACUUAUCAACUAGUUUGAGAAGAGUCAGUAAUUUGGAUGACGUCUCGAUUCCUUAUUUCCAUUGGAGUGAUUGGAGUGAUCUUUCAGUGUUGGACGAAUACCUUUUGUCUAAUGACAAAUCAGACUGUGUUAGCUUUUUUGAUGUUAGUACUAAUAAUCGGUUAAGGAAUAAAAAAUUGGAAAUUUUAAAGCCAGAAGAUUUUUGUUUAAAUGACGAAGAUAUUGAAUUGAUUUUAAAUCCAAAAGAUCAAGAAACAAAAGAGAAAAGAGCUUUGGUUGAUCAACUUAUUGAUUUAAAAGAUGAAGAAACUUUAAAAGCACUUCGUAAAAUUAAGGAUGAACCAUAUUCCACAAAUUGGCAUAUUUUUAAAUACCCAGGUCGUUCUAAGAAGAAAUUGAAGAUAAUACAAUCGAAAUCUUACUUAAAUGAUUUUAUGCCACCUCCAUUAGCAAUAAAUUUCUUAUUACCUUUCGAUAAUUCAAGAUCAAUCGAUUUAAGAGUUCAAGUUAAUCAAAAAAUUGAAAAUAAGAAAAAAUUAAUCGAUACUGAUUUGGCUCAAAAUUACGCUAAAAGAUAUCGUCGUGCCAAUAAAGAAUUAUUAGACGUUUCCAAAGAUAUCAUUUUAAAUAUUAGAGAUCAGACUAGUUAUUUGCAAAGUACGUCAUAUUCUAAAUUUUUAGAACCACAAGAUUUCAUCGAUAAUUCAACAAGUAUUCAUAAUCAACUUCAAUUAGAAAAUACUAAAAAAAUCUUGAGUGAUUCCGAUUUAAAUUAUAUGAAUUCUCUCAAUGUUAGUUUGGGUACUGGUUCUCCCUCAAAAUAUUUUGAUGAAGCUAAAAUAUUGAAAAAGGAACUGAAUUGGGCUUUGGGUGGUCAUUAUGAUUGGAGAUUUUUCUCCGGAAUUAUUAAUUAUACUGAAAAGCAACCUCCGGUUUUAUUCGGACUAAUUAGAGCUUGGUUAACAUUUACAAAUACUUAUGGGUUAAACACUUGGAUUGCUCAUGGUUCUUUAUUAUCAUGGUAUUGGAAUGGAAUUUCCUUUCCUUGGGAUAACGAUAUUGAUGUUCAAAUGCCAAUUGCCGAUUUACAUAAGUUAUCAAGAUAUCAUAAUCAAUCUUUAAUUGUUGAUUUAGGUCAAGGUGGAGAUGAAGAAAGUAGAUUUGGUCGUUAUUUCUUAGAUUGUGGUACUUUCAUUCUGAGUAGAGUUAAGGGUAAUGGUAACAAUAAUAUCGAUGCGAGAUUUAUCGACGUUGAUACUGGUCUUUAUAUUGAUAUAACUGGAUUAGCGUUAACCGAUACAAAGACCCCAACCCGGUUUAACCAUGAAUUACCUUCGCAUUUAGACCGUAACUUGCUUGAUGAAACGAUUUCUGAUUAUAAUCGUAAUGAAUGGCUUGAAGCAUAUAAUUGUCGAAAUAAUCAUUUUGUUAGAUUAAGCGAAGUGAACCCACUAAAAUUGAGUAUUAUUGAAGGACAACCAGGUUAUAUCCCAAAUAAUUUUGCUCAACUUUUGCAUAAUGAAUACGGUAAGAAGGGAUUAAUGGCUAAAAAAUUCAAAGGAUUUACCUUUUUACCAAAAUUAAGAAUGUGGUUAGUAAGUAGAAACUUGAACAAAUUUUUACAUAACCAAGAACAGAAACAAAAAUUGGAAAGGGGUGAAGUUAAAAGGGAUGAUGAAGAAGAAGAAGAUUAUGAUAAUAUCCCGGUGAAACAUUUCAAAGAUGAAGAUUAUAUUGAUUUAUUAUUUGACCAACCUGAACUAUUAGUUGAAUAUAUUCUAACCAGAAACAUAACUGAGUUUCACGAACACGAAAUCAAACAGUUAUUGAAUGGUAAAGAUACUAAGUCAAUGCUAUUACAUGAUGAUCACCUCAAAACAUAUUUCCCUACUAUCCGUCAUGACUAUUUCACGUAUUGUGCUAGAAGAGAAAAUUACAAAUUCGAAAGAAUGGUCGAAGAUAAGUUGAAACAAGUUAAACUUUCCAAGGAGGCUCCAUUAGAAACCAAGCAAGAUGAACAAGAUGAACAAGAUCAACAAGAUCAACAAAACAAACAAGGUCAAGAUCAAAGAUCAAAACCAAUACAAAAGGCUCCAGGACACCCACCAAUCCUCGAACAAACUCAAGAAGCUACUGACGAUAUCAGUCGAACUCGAGUUGAUCCCCAACCCAACCAACCAGAUACCUAGUCCUUCCACCAAUAGCUUCCACCGAAUAAGCCUACAAGUAAAUAGAAUGUACAAUAGACAACUCUAACACCCUGUUAACUU